CGCCGCCGCGGGCCAUGCUGCUGCCGUCCGACGUGGCCCGGCUCGUGCUGGGGUAUUUACAACAGGAAAAGCUAUUAGCUACCUGCCGUGAGUUUAUUUUAGAGAGCUCAGACCUGAAAGAGUAUGCGGAGCACUGUACUGAGGAUGGCUUUAUUCCAGCCUGCUUGCUGUCCCUGUGUGGAAAAAACUUGACAACUAUUCUUAAUGAGUAUGUAGCCAUGAAAACAAAAGAAACAACAAAUGAAGUUCCAGCAAUGAUGUCAUCUCUGUGGAAAAAGCUAGAUUAUACACUUUCUCAGAUCAGGAGUAUGCAGAAUUCCACAGGAUUUUCUGCUAAUCAGAGGGCACGUACAAGAAGUGGGAUUGUCGAAAUGAAGAGACAGAGAAUGCUCCAGCAGUCAGCUGCUCCAAGCUCAGGAUUAUUGUCUGUAGCCCAACAGUCAGGGCAGCAGAGCUCCUCUUCUAUUGUAUCUACUCAAGUUUUGCAUAGACCAGCAAUAAGUCAAAGUAUUUCACAGGCAAGGCUGAAUACCUUGUUUGUGCACCAGUCGCAAACACAGGAAAAUAAGAUCAACACAGGAGAUUUCAUACAUAUCCAAGUUCCAGGAUCACAGGAACGAAAGCUUCACUCAAACCUGCUGUCUCCAGGAAGACGAAAAAGUGAAUCUCAGAAGAGGAAGAACAUUGGAAUAUCUGCACCUCUUUCAACAAGUAGAAAUCCUCAAGACACUGAGGAAACAAUAGUGGAAAAAGAAAGCGAGCCACUCCAAGAGUUCAUAGAUGGUAACUUCCCACAACUGGUUAUUGAAAAUGCCAGAGAAAAAAUCCUGAGCAACAAAUCUCUUCAGGAGAAGCUGGCUGAGAACAUUAACAAGAUCUUGAGCAGUGAUGGCAACGUCACACAGGCCCCUAAGCAGACAGACAGUGGCCCCACAGAACAGGAGACUUCGAUUGAUGAAAUCCUUGGGCUGCAGGGUGAAAUUCAUAUGUCAGAAGAGGCUAUACAGGACAUUUUAGAACAGACAGAAUCAGAUCCAGCUUUUCAGGCACUCUUUGACUUGUUUGAUUAUGGAAAGAACAAGGUAAACAAGAAUUUACCUGCUGGUAUUUCUGGUCAGAACGGAGUAGAAAAUACAAUCCUGGUGGAUGAAAAUAACCUGGAAACACUUGAAAGUUCUUUAGGAACAGAGGAAACUAGUGAUAAUUCUAGAGAAUCUCUAUCCUGUAAAGAUUUUCCUUUAGGAGAAGCAUCAUGUGCCUUGAAGAACAGCAUUAAUGAUGAUAUGACUAAGAAAAAUACAACCAGUGAACAGUUGCAUGGAAACUGUGGACCAAAAAAGCAGACUGAAAUGCUUAAAACAGUUACCGCUGAUCAAAUUGGAGAGCUUGAAAUCACUUUUGACUCUGUGCCCAGUUUGACUGAGUCUACCAAAAGACAGAGUCCUGCCAGUGAAUGUAAUGAACCCUGUGGAGAUGCUUAUGGUAACAAGGAGGCCUCUGCAUUAGUAUCUGGGAGUGAAAGAGCUGUGGAGUCUGGAAGGGAUUCGCUAAGCCCCAGUGCUCAGAGUAGUCCUGCUUUGGAAUACGUUGACUCUGGUAGUUUACAGAUUUCCUUGGUUUCGUUGGCAAAUGGCACCCCAGCCACUGGCAACAGAAUUCCAUCUGGGAGCAAGUGUCACUUAUUGCCAGAUCCCUCACUGUCUGAAAAACCACACGUGAAAAGCCCUUCUGAUGGGAGCCCUGGACACGACGUGUUGGUGAGAAAAAACAAUUCCUCACUUCCUAGGCAGGCAGCAGGGCUGGGAAAAGAGCCGGCUGCCGCGAGCGCUGCAGCGGCCUUGCCUGGGGACGUUGUGCAGCAGAGCUGUAGUCACCUCCCUGGCUGCGCGGACCAGGGCCAGCAGUCGGACCGCACUGUUGGAUCUGCUGUGAGGAUUCCAGAGCUUGACAAAGCAGAAUUGCAGCUUGACAUUACAGAGGCCUCCAACAAACCUCACUCUAAUGAUGAGCAUGCACUCAACAGGCCUUGCAGGAAAGACUUGAACCUCCCUGCAGGGCUAUCGAGCUUGGAGGGAGCUCAAGGGGAAAUGCAGGAACCAUCAUCUUCUGCCAAAGUAGAUGCUGACACUGUGUUCUUCUCUUCUGGUGGUGCAUGUGCAGAAGUCUCUGUGGUGCCUGCUGAAAAGAGCCUCGCUCCGCGUGGAAUGUGCCAUUCACCUCUGCCAGACCCCGUGUCCUCAGCGGGCGAGGCUGCCGCCGAGGCCAGGGGCCUGCGUGGCGUUUCUCCUGGCAGUCAGCCAAUGGACGUGGAGUCUUCAAAUAUCAUGUCCCUCAAAAUCAUCAUCAGCGACGAUCCGUUUAUUUCAUCGGAUAGCGAGCUGAAUAACGCCGUUUCCAGCAUCACGGGAGAAAACUUGCCAACUAUCAUACUGUCUUCUCCAGCCAAAUCCCCCACCAAAACUCCAGGCCUGUCCAAGUGCCCAGCUUCAGAAGAACCCGAAAAAAGCGCGGAUUCGGCCUUGGCGGAGCAGAACCUCCUCGUCCUUCGACCAAAGGAGCCCGUCGCCGGCUCCGCUAACGCCCCCAACGACGACUGCACUGCUCUCUCCGUUGCUGGAGCAGCUCCCCUCCCCAAGGAAGGGGGCUUCAUACAGCUCAUGCCAGCAACAAGCACAGCCUUUGGCAGCUCCAACAACCUCUACAUCGCCACGUGCGUGGCGGACGCGGCCGCGCUGGGCCCGCCGGGCGCCCCCUCCAACGUGGUGGUGCUGCCGGGCGCCUCGCUGCCCCUCGCGGCCCAGGCGCCGCCCGGGCAGCCCGUGCGGACCCCCCCCCGGCCCAGCACCGCGUUGGCCGCGAGCCAGGCCGGCUCCCCGGGCUUCCCACAAGGUUCCGCAAUCAUCAUCGCGUCCCCGGUGCAGCCCGUCCUGCAGGGAAUGGUGGGAAUGAUCCCCCUCUCCGUCGUGGGGCAGAACGGAAACACCUUCUCCGCACCUGCUCGCCAGGUUCUACAUAUGCCUGUGGCAAAUCCGGUGUGUAGCAGGAGUGUCCCUAAACUGCCCAUCCCUCCCAAAUCUCAGAAGGUCCCUGGAGCAAGAAACAAGGCUAAUACAGGAAAGUUGGCGCCAGGUGUCGCGGAGGCUCCGAGCCAGGCGAGUUCUCGCGCGCCGAGGACUGGAAAUCCAGACAAGGUGACCAGCGCAGAAGUGGGAAGGAAGGCGGAGGAGAACCUGCCUGUUGCGCCCGCAGAGAGCGGGAGCUCGAAUUCGAGAGGGAGCGAAAGCCACCGGCGGGUGCUCUGCUUUGACAACGUCCCGCCCGCCCCGGGAGGCAGCGCCCCGAUUCCCAUGGCAAAGAGCUCAGCCCACAAAGAACGCGGUGAAAACACUUCAUUUGCUCUUGACGCUGUGUCUGCCUCCUCUAAAGCCCUGGGGACAAAGAGGGAGAAGGACAAAACGUUGCCUCGGAUCCUGUGCAAGCCAGAAGCCGGUGGCAACAGAGGCUCCUCGGCGAAGGAGGCGCAGCCCGAGCGGAAGGCAGCCGCCGCAGGGCUUCCCCUGGACGCCUUCCACAAGGCCACGGCCAACAAGGAGAACGAGCUACGGAGAGACAGCGAGGAAAAGCAGAAGGGCCAGGACGCGGCCAAGCUCUCCAAGGGCCAGCAGAGCGUCGGCUCGUGGAGCGAAAAGUCGUCGGCCUCGGUGCCGGAGCUGGGCAGGAAGCCGGGCGCGCUGGGCAGCGGGAGCAGCAAGGCCAUGGCCGCCGCCUCGCUGUGCUGCAAGGAGCCCAAGCGCGAGGCGGCCAAGGCGGCCGGCCCGCCGCUGGGCCUGGCCAGCCCGCUGGCCAAGCAGUGUGUGGAGGUGCUGCAGGACAUGCAGUGGCAGAGCCCGGCGGGCAGGGGCGCCGAGGGCGGCGAGCUGCCCGUGCCGCGCACGCCGUGUGGCCUGGGCGAGCGGCACGCCGAGGAGCCCGCCGAGAGCGGGCGCACGCCGCCGUGGCGGCACGAGGGCGCCACGCCACGCGCCAUGGCGCCGCCCGCCACGCCAGACCUGCCCGCCUGCAGCCCCGCCAGCGAGGCGGGCAGCGAGAACAGCGUGAGCAUGGCCGCGCACACGCUCAUGAUCCUGUCGCGCGCCGCCAUGGCCCGCAGCAGCGGCGCCAGCCCCCUCAAGGAGAGCGCCCAGCAGCUGCGCCCCGCCAGGGCCGCCCUCAAGAAGAGGAAGCUGGAGGAGCUGAGCGAGGCCGAGAGGAACCCCCGCGCCGCCGGCAGGAGGGACCUGCAGGGCUCCCCCACGCCCUCCAAGAAGAAGAAAAUAAAGAAAAAGAAGCUACCGAAUUCCUUUCCAGCAGGAAUGGACGUGGACAAGUUCCUGCUGUCGCUGCAUUACGAUGAAUAGGGAGACUUGGACUGUGGCUGCACGAAGCCCGAGUUCUUGUGCUGAGGUUUUGCGUGGGAAAGGAGUCCUAAAGGGUGAGUUGCACUUUCGGUGCACUGAAGAUUCACUUUAUAGCAAAAUCAUGCUGUUUUGGAAGCAGGUUGCUAAGUCUGUAAAUAUCAUUGAAUUGGUAUAUGUUUAUUUUUGAAAAAAAAGCACUUGCAUAAUUAUAGAGCCAUUUAAUUUGCAAAAUUGUAAAUUUGUAUAAAUGUAAUGUACGAAAAGUUGUAAGUUUUCCUGUUACACCCCACGUUGUCUGUGUUUUGCUGCAUUCCCCUCUGAACUGCUUUGUGGCUCUGUGGAAAGGUUGGGAAUGUGGGGGCCGCGGCCGCAGUUCUCUCCUGUGGGACACGGCAGCACCCGCAGCCGCUCUCACUGUCUUGUGGAAGCCUAAAGCAGCCUCUCAUGCACCUGGCUUGUACAGGCAGGUCCUCUAACUGUAAAAAUCCAUGUUUAAGGCUUGGAAUUAAUUAUUAAAAACAUUAAGACAACAGUUCUUCUAAUGGAACAUUCUCCAACCCCUCCAUCAGACUAAAAGGUACCUUUGGCUGGGGCCAGUCUGUUUCUUGCAACAUCUGGUAUCUUUUCAAGGCAGGAGUUACUUGAAAACAGGGGACCUCCAGUGUAAUUAUUUAAGCUGUGGGGAGGGCUGGGCAGGAACUGACGGUGCUCUAGAGCAAAUAUAAGGGUGUUCUUCAUCUUCUGUAUUGUUGAGAAAGCAGCUGGGGCUUGUGCUGUUAGGCAGAGACACAGAGAGACCUGCGCAGAGCAUAGAGCUGGGUCCCAGCUACUCUACAACCUCUGCUCCAAACAGAUCCCGGAGCUGCAGCUCCAGGUAGGACCAAUUCCAUGGAAGUUAGACCCGGGUGCUGC